CGCGUUCUCUCGGGUCGCGUUCGCGCCAUCUCGCUCGCUCGCGGGCUGGUCUCACGCGUUCUAGGCCAGGCCAAGAACUGUGUCAAGGCAUUCUUUUGCCGCAAAUGGUUGCGCUACGCAGCAGCCAGCGGCCGAUCGGCGGCCCAAGAUAGUGUCGGCGGGCGCCUAGUCGGGAAUACUAAUUCUCACGUGUCGCGGCGACUCGAAGCAAGUGAACUCUCUCUACACCGCGGUCCUUCUUCGGGGGGGCCGACACCAUCUCUCGCAAAAACUACUCCCCUCCCGCGGGUGAUAAGGUACCGGGGUACCCAUUCAUGUGCGUUUUGUUUGCAAACCUUGGCGCGGUUUGUUUGUGACGACCAACGGCUGAUAAGUGGACACCGCGCUCAAGGUGCCUCUCCAGUGACGCCAGCGCCCCCCCCACGAUGGAUGUGGCACCGUCGAUGGUGCAGCGUUCCGGGGACAAGCUGAUCGUGCGGCGGGUUGUCAGCGGUGAGCAGGUCCACCUCGGCGAAUCGUCCGAUAAUGAAGGAUCGGAGCGAGGCGCGGACCCACGCCGGUUACCCCAGUCCGGUUGGCGUCAGACGUACGACGAUCCGUUCGGUGCCGGGUCUUCGUCCUCGCCGACACCACCAACGGACGGCGCGGCCACGGCGGCGCAGGACGAGCAGCAGUUGCCGCAGUGCAAGAUCAAGCGCAACUAUUCGUGCGGACGCUGCACCUACUUCACGCAGAACCCGCGCAAGUACCUCACGCACCUGCGGGACACGCACGGCGAGAAGAUUGUGAUCAACGAGUGCAAACGGUGCCUGUACGCGUCGCGCCACUACCAGAAGCUCGUGCGGCACAUGAAGAUGGUGCACGGCUCGGUGGACGGCAUCAAGAAGUCGUCGUUCGGGGCCAGUGGCCGCCAUCGUAAUCGGCUCCAGAGGCCGGACUUUACCGGAGGUGGCACCCGGACGACGCUGAGUGAGGUCCUACAGGCGGCGGCCGCCGCAGCGAGUCACGGCGGCCCCGGGGCCAGCUCGCAGCGGUUACUGUUGCGUAGAGGCGAUCCAGAUACGGACCUGGCGGCGGCUUACGUCCAGCAGCUCGUGGCCGCUGCCGGGUUGCCCAAGUUGCUGGAGGAGAUCGAAAAAUCCGCCGCCAGCUCGUCGGUGAUGGCCGCGGCCAAUUACGCGAGGAUUGAGCAGCGACAGCAGGACGAGCAGUCGGCAGGGAACCAACCGUUGCCAUACGAGACCGUCCAAGAGGCUAGUCCCGAAAAUGGGACCCCAGCUGGGGAGGACCCCGACUCUCUGAAACCGAAAAAACGGCCCCGUCCCAUCCCGAACUUGAUUCCGCUAGCGGUUUCACCUGCCACCGCUGCCCCGGCCGCCACCACCAGUACGACGAAGGGCCGGUUCGUGAAACCGUUGCCCCUUUCGGCCCUGACAGCCGACACCCGGCCGGUCGAGGACUCGAAGCCGAACCCAUCCAUGACCGCAGCCAGCGAUUCGCCCGUCCUGACCCGGUGCGUUUACUGUGAGCUGUCGUUCAAAACGGUCGAAGCGCUGGCCAACCACAUUAAGCUGGCCCACAAAGAGGACCUCAUAGCGGCGCUGCUGCAGAGUUCGUUUGAAGAAGCGGAACCACGGGUGCUCCCGGUGAACCGGCCAGCGGACGGGGCAGCCGCGGGAAACGCGGUUUGCAGCGCCGAUAUGUGGCAACGGCUGUUGGAGUGUAGCGCCGAAGUGCGAAGGAUCGAACUGGAACGUGCCGGCGGCGGCUCCCAGACGGCGGCAGCGCAGACCCCGUCCGCCGUCGAUGCAGACGGGGACGAUGACGGCAGUGGCCGGGAGGGGGACGAACCGCCGGCGCAGUCGCAAACGUUUUGCGGAAUCGAAACGGCACCCGGGUACGGUGAGGUCACGAACCGGGUGCCGGCCGAUCCCGGCACGUCCACGGCACUGAUGAAGAAGGUCUUCAAGUGUCCGCACUGCUCGUUCUGGGCCUCGACCGCGUCCCGCUUCCACGUGCACAUCGUGGGCCACCUGAACAAGAAGCCGUUCGAGUGUUCGCUGUGCGCGUACCGGUCCAACUGGCGCUGGGACAUUACAAAGCACAUUCGGCUGAAGACGAUCCGCGAUCCGAAUCACAAGAACGCGGGCGUCCUGAUGAACGACGAAACUGGCCGCCGGAACUACACCAAGUACAACCGGUACAUGGCGCUGAUGCAAAUCACCGACAAGUAGCCCGGCCGGCCGGCCGGCAGAAAGGACUCUUCGGCAGGCACCAAUCAGAAGGAUCCGCCAUUUUUUGCGUCCGACUCUCGACGCGCAAAUCUCGUCCCAUCGAAGGCACGCCCGCGACUUUCGAUACACUUUUCCAGAUCGCUCGGUAACCGGCUUACCGGCGGAGGUCCUAAGGGCACCCGUCCGUCUGUCUGUCUGUCUGUCGGCAAUUUAACCAUUCCAAUCGCCUGGAGGUGAACCAAUAAAUGUCUAGUCGAGGAGGAACUCGAGUGGAGGGGCACAAUUCUUCGAAUUUUUCGCAACCGCAACCAACUCGGGAGCUCGGGUCCCGUCCCGAAAUGUGGCGCUGGCAAAGCGCAUUAAAAGCAGCAUGACUGCAAACCCUCCCCGGUGCCGGUGCCAAGAACAGACUCAAUUCGGAGCGACUUUCGAAGAGGCAACAUUUGACAGUGGUGCGCGUGACUCCCGGCCCGGUGGGUUCGAGAGCGCUUCACUUUUGUUCUGUCGGCCACCGGAAGAACCUGCCGGUCCUGCCGAUUUUCUGGUUCGUUGAUUCCACGAAGGGAAGAUUUUGUUUUUUGCCCCCCGGUUUGGCAGACGAAGGACAGGUUCCGGGGACCGGGCCGAGAUAGCAUCACUGUGACAAUCAAUUUUCCAUUCCAAUUCCGGGAAGCACAGCGCCAGUAACAUAACAGUAAGAGAGUGGUUCGCGUGGUCCGGUUCCGGAAGAUCGGGCGCGCACCACCACCACCACCGUCGUCGUCGUCGUGGUCGUUAACAGUUAAUGCGCUUUAUUAGAAUUACUGUUACUUACGGCGCAACCGACUAGGGGCAUAUGGUUUUCUUCGCAUUACGCACGGCACCGCACCGUAUCAGUUAGGCCCCCUCCAAGCAUUCCCUCCCGGCCACCACUCCCCCGGCCCAGUCCCAGGCUGUGGCCAAUGUUGUACUUCUGAUUUUUGGGUUUAUGACAAGCGCUAGAGCAUAAGUUUGGUAGGUUCGAUAACACGCAAUUAGGUAGAUGGUACGGAAUCUCAACAUUAAUUUAUGAUCCCCUAAUCCGAGCUAUGAUAAUAGAUUGUACGAUAACAAACCGCCCCCCCCCCCCUUUCUUACGCAACUUUGUGGGUCACAUCACAUCACUUAAGAAUAAACUGUUGUUUUCGAAUAUU